CAACAGCAAGUUUCUGUCUGACUUUAGGAUAUGACAUGGUAGCCGUCUGCAAGUGGAUGACUUUCGGCAGGAUUACACACUCCUGGUUAACGUGAUUCACUGUGAGGACUUGGAGAAGGAUGUGGAGUUUGAGGUGGUGGGUGACGCCCCUGACAAAGCCCCAACCCCACCCAGCGGCACAAGAGGACAAGAAUGUUGCCAACGGCAACAAAGAGUCUGCAGAACCGUCCACCUCUUCCAACGCCCCUGCUGAGCAGGAUGAUGUUCUGAUAGUUGAUUCGGACGAGCCGUCCUCCAGCACUAUGGAUGUCCGCAUGGAGUCAGGAGGCCACAAGAGGAAGCUCCAUGAUGCUGAGACAGGCAAGGCUUCAGCCAAGCGCCAACGCCUGGAUCAGCUAUACAGCUGGAUCAGCUUUGUGGGCUAUACUCAGCCUUGUCUCAGGAUGAUCAAUCAAGCGAUAGUGUGGAGAGAGCCAGCCGGCAGCCAUCCGAAACUGUCAGUGUGGAAGAAGAGGGGCCAUAACGCAACUCCCGUUGUUGUUUCUGACUGA